UAUUCGCUCGGRCUUCCUGUGUUUCGGUGAAAACUAAAAUGGCGGCCUUCAGAACGYAUUUCGUUUCUAGAACUUUUAGUUUGGUGAACCUAUGCACAAGGCGCAGUUUGAGCUCAAAAAACAAUUACUUUAGAAAAUACAAGCACAGAAGGAAUAGGAAGAUAAGUGAUUUAGAUAUAGAACAACUUCUAUACAACAGAACUACACGACUGGGAGAUGAAGCRGGAGCUKUGGACGGAGCUGUGAUUUCUGCAGAUAGCAGUAGUGCUGCUGGCACGAUUAARGAAACAAAUUAUGGUACUUGGUAUUAUUCAAAAGAAAGAUUGAAAUCCUUAAAGAAAAACGAAAAGAUUGUUGCUGUGRUUGCAGUUGCGAUGAUGCUUUUUGGGUAUUUUGGUAUAAAAUGGAUGGCAUCAGCACCACCCACCAAUACUACUGUUGAAAAGACUGAGCUUGAAUCAACUGAAACAGGGGAACAACCGGCUGCUACAUGACAAAACAUCUAGUUAGUAAUUCAUCCAGUUCAAGACAAUUGUGCCUACAGUAAUAGUACAAACACAAAAUAACUGUAAACUACUUUGUAUCUAAAACUGUUUAUUUCUUUUCAUUAUUUUUUUUUCUGUUCUAAUAAAAWUUUUUCUCAAUUCUAUACAAGAUGAAUGACAGUGGAAUUAUUGUUCAUGUACAAAUAAAAGUGCUAAUAAAUACACUAAAUACAUGAAUGAAUGACAUUAUUAAAAAUAUWAUAUUCACA